AUGGCACCAAUCGCGACUUACGUAUUUUUCGAUCUAGAAACCACGGGGCUUCCGGUAGAAGAAAAUAAUAAGACGAAAAUUACUGAAUUGAGUAUGGUAGCUGUGAAAAGGGCGCAUUUGCUUGAAACGCGCCCUGGUGCAGUGCCCCGUGUACAACAUAAGCUUACCCUUUUGUUCAAUCCGGGCCGUCUAAUUUCAACACAAGGCUCCAAAAUCACUGGCCUUGAUAACUUUCUACUGGAACAUGAACCAACGUUUAACAGAGAAGUAUUCGAUUUAAUUAACAAUUUCCUCAACAUUCUGGAGAAGCCAGUGUGUUUAAUUGCUCAGAAUGGACUUCAUUUUGAUUAUCCGUUACUCAAAAAUCAUUUGGAAAAGUUGAAAGUGCAGUUCUCCGAAGACUUACUGUGUGCUGAUUGUUAUCACGGGUUCUAUGACAUAUUGGAAGCACGGAAGAUUGCUAAUGUACCAGUUCAAGAAGCAACAACAUCUAAAUUGGAAGAUAUUCCUGUAAAGGAAAGGUGUGCCAUCACCGAUCAAGAUACUACACUAAAGUCUACACCAAGUGAAGAAGUAGAACUAUUUACUCUUGCAAACACGUUAACUAUGAAAGUAAUGAAUGAAACAACUCCGAGACAACAAAAAACUAACAUGAACUAUAAAGAUGACAGAAAUAGAGUGUCGAAAGCUAGAAGACGUAUGCCAUUUAGUAAUGGUAACAAACCAACAGAAAAGUAUAAAUUAAAAGAUAUAUAUGAAAGGGUUUUGAAUCGCCAAGCAAUAGAAGCACAUAGAGCUGAAAAUGAUUGUAUUUUGGCCUUAGAAGUUGCUGUAGCUCUCGGCAGGGAGUUUGUGGAAUGGGUGGAUGAAAAUUAUGUGCUAUUUUCAGAAGUAAAUGCUAUGAAAUUAGGUGUGCCUAUUGGUUCGUAACUCGUUAAGUUACAUGACAAUUUAAUUAAGCCUUUUCUUUGUUUUAUAAUCUUAUUUCUAAAAUUUUUUUAAAAUCUCUUUGAUUUAAAUGUGCAAUGUUUACUAUUAUAUAAACAAGUGUAUGUA